AAAAAAUUCUGACUUUGUAGCUAAAGAGUCGAAAACCAACAUUGUGUUAACCAAAACAGCUUACAAAAUAAUAUAAUUGCUUGAGUAAUAGCUGUUGAUGUUACUAUAAAAAGCUUUGCGCUGUAAAUGGCACCUUUAUAAUGUUUUAAGGCACCUUAUUACGUCAUAAAGUGUUCGAAAAGUCUAACAGUCUUCGGUAACGAGUUAACAACUUACUAAUAAAGUAUUCCAAGCACAAAGCUUUAAAAAUCUUCCGGUGUGCAUUAAUUUAUGUAAUAAAGACCUGGCAUUACAACUUUUCACUUAACGAUUUCAUCAAAACAAACUGGAUCUCAUUUUAUCAAUUGUCAAAGUUUUAAAACUUAAUCCACUUAAGGGCCCUUAAAGGGGAGUGCACAGUGCGCAUGACUCUGCCCUAGCGGGAAACAUCAAGGACAUUAGGCGGACAGCCUUCGUACCGGGAGCACGGCUCAGUCCCCCGCGCCACUCAAAUAUGGAAUACGCGCGCGUACGGUGGUGUAAGCCAGAUGUAAACUUACGAAACUAAAUCGAAAUUUUGCGAACAUCAAUUAAAUAUUGUGUCGAAAAUUUUGUCCACAAAAUAUGGAAAAAGUGCCACUGUGUGUUUGUUGUUUUUAAAUAAUAUACGCUUAACAGUGUGAAUUUAUAUGAUAAUAUGAUGUGACUAAGUUUAUUUUAAUUUUACUGUGCAUUCAGACCAUUAAAUUAUGUAAUUAUGAGAUAUUCUGGUUACGUAAAAAUGAAGUUUUUGGCGUUUGUUGCGUUGUGUGUGACGACAUCAGCACACGACAUAUCGCAGCUAAAGGUGCCGUUGUACGCGGACCCCCGGCGGGCAGCCGAGCUCAGCUGCCACUUCAAGAUGGAUGAACAGAAACUUCAUUCUGUCAAGUGGUACAGGGACACUAACGAGAUAUUCAGAUAUAAUCCCACACAGCAGCCUUCAAUCCGUCUUUUCAACAUAUCAGACGUGAUGGUGCAAGGCGGUGAAUGUCAACCAGACUACUGCGUGGUCAGGGUCAUGCCUCCCCCGAUCUCUACGAGAGCUGCAUACACCUGCGAGGUGUCCACAGAAGGGCCCAGGUUCCAGAUAGCGAGGAAGACGAAACAUAUGACUGUUGUUGCGAUGCCGCAAGCGGAUCCCGUGAUAAUCGGAGCGCCAAAAGUGUUGAAACCUGGGGAGCAAGUAUUCCUGAACUGCACGUCCGAUUUCUCCCUACCACCGUCAGAUAUUAAUUGGUACAUCGACGAGGAGCUACAAAAGCCCGAGCCGUGGCAGAAGACUGAAGUGACGGGCAACCAGCCGGGUGGGCUGCGUCGCUCGUGGCGUGUAAUGCGCGUGCGCGUUCCGACCACUGCGAGCGGGGCCUUGCGUGUGCGCUGCGAGUCUAUACUGCUGGUGGAGCCCCCUGUAGUCAGGGACGCAAACACCAUCAUCACUAUACACUCGCGCACUCAACUGUCUAAAUAUGUGUCUAAUAUUAGUGGUACAAAUGUAGUCAAUACGGGCUUGUUAAUAGCGACAAUUGUAUUAUGGACUUUAAUUAAAAUAUCAAGGUUAACGAGCUUAUGAGAUUCGGUGUGAAAUAUUGUUUGGUGAUAUUAGUUGUAAGUGUAGAUAUUAUUGGGAAUGGCCUGUAUUAACAUACAAAAAAUGUAAACUAUGUAUACAAAAUAUAAGAAAUCCAGGUUUUGUUUUUAACACAUCAUCUCAAAAGGUCAUCAAAAUACCUAUAUUAUGUUUCGGUCUUCAUUAAAGUUGAAUAAAAAAGAUGAUAGCCUAAAAUUAAUUGCUUUUUGUAUGAGACUGAUCUCCGAUCAUUUUGAAAAGGUUAAUUUCAACAUAAUUAUUGUAAAAAUUAUUGGCUCAUGAAUUCAAACAAAAGAAUUACAUCGAAAAGGUUGCUUUUGAUCAACAAUACCUUUUUAUAUUUGUGUAAUUUAUGUUAGGAAAUAAAAAACAACUGCUUAAUUUUUAUCAAAAAGUACACUGUUAAUUUUGGAACAAAUUAAAACAGCGAGCUUUCCAUAGCAAAAACCAUGAAGGAUAAAGCUAAAGAAGGCUAGAUUAAGAACACAGUAGAAAAAAAAGAUAAAGAAAAAUAUUAAUAUAAAAGAUAAUUAUACCCAUAGACCUCAUUCAUGAUGUAUCGCGGAAGAAUAU